AUGUGGCCCGACUUUGAAAGUGAGCCAAGAAAUCUUCGUCUAGCGCUUGCAACUGAUGGCAUUAAUCCUCAUAACAACCUUAGUAGUCGGUAUAGCUGUUGGCCAAUCAUGUUGGUCAAUUAUAAUUUACCUCCAAAUAUGUGCAUGAAGAGGAAAUACAUCAUGUUAACUAUGCUCAUUUCAGGGCCUAAACAACCUGGAAACGAUAUUGAUGUCUAUCUGGAGGUGUUAGUUGAAGAUUUGCAACGAUUGUGGGAAGGAGUUGAUGGAAUCUAUGAUGCUUAUCGCAAGCAGUUCUUCACUCUUAAAGCAGUCUUAUUAUGGACCAUCAAUGAUUUUCCUGCCUACGGUAACCUUAGUGGAUGUACUACACAUGGUUAUUAUGCAUGUCCAGUAUGUGGAGAAGAUACUUAUGCAAGGCACUUGGAAAAUGGGAAGAAAAUGUCUUUUGCGGGCCAUAGACGAUUCCUAUCACGGUUUCAUCCCUAUCGUAGGCAAAUGAAGGAGUUUAAUGGCAUGGAGGAACUUGGAGAAGCAGCUAGACCAUUAUCUGGGAUUAAGUUGUUUGACAAACUUUCUGACAUAAGGUGUGAAUUUGGAAAGAAGAUAAGUGUAAGAGGGAAAAAAAAGAAUGCAAAGGCUAAUAAGUUGGAAGUCACUAUAGAAGAAAAAGAUUUAAAAGCAACAAAUUUCAGAAAAUGUUGGAAGAAGAAGUCAAUCUUUUUUAAUAUUCCUUACUGGAAACACUUGCAUGUAAGACAUUGUCUUGAUGUUAUGCACAUCGAGAAAAAUGUAUUUGAAUCCCUCAUUAAUACUUUGAUGAAUGUUAAAGGAAAAACCAAGGAUAAUGUGGCAGCUAGGUUGGACAUGGUUGAGAUGGGAAUUAGGCCUGAAUUAACACCUAUAGUUGGGGAGAAGAGAACAUAUCUUCCUUUUGCUGCGUGCUCAUUCACAAAAAGAAAAAAAGUUACAAGUGUGCAAGUCAUUAAAGGAUAUAAAAGUUCCAGAAGAUGCAUGAAGGUGUUUAAGAGUUAUAUAGGCAGUCGAAAACAUCCUGAAGGUUGCAUUGUUCAGAGAUAUUUAGCAGAAGAAGCAAUUGAGUUUUGUUCAGAAUACCUCAAUGACGUUGAUCCUAUUGGAGUUCCUCAAUCAAUUCGAGAUCCGAAAGCAAAUGGUUCUGGCUUGCAAGCAUGCAAUACACCAAUUAUAGUGCAACAAGUUGAUCUGCAACAAGCACAUUUGACUGUGCUAGAAAAUAUGGAAGAAGUAUCUCCCUAUAUAAUUGAACAUAAAAUUUUUUUGAAAUCAAUGUUUCCCAAAAAAGAGAAAGAUGAAAGGUGGAUACAGGAUGCUCACAACAAGAGGUUUAUUGAUUGGUUUCGUGCAAAGGUGGCUGCUGAAAUUGACAGUUGCAAUGGUGGAACAACAUCAUCAUUAACAUGGUUGGCCCAUGGACCGCGUGCACAAAUCAUUAAGUAUAAUAGUUAUGUGAUAAAUGGCAAUUUAUACCAAACAAAGGCGCGAGAUGAUGACAGAGUUUGCCAAAACAGUGGGGUUUCUUUAGUUGCCAACACCAUGCUUGUAUGUAGUGCUAAAGAUAAGAAUCCCUUGCUAGCUGAUGUGUCUUUCUAUGGAGUAAUUGAAGAAAUAUGGGAAUUAGACUAUCAUCAAUUUCACGUUCCUCUUUUCAAAUGCGCGUGGGUUGCAAAUGACAAAGGAAUAAUCAACAAUGAUGAAUGUGGCUUCACCUUAGUCAACUUGAACAAACGAGGACACAAGAAUGAUGAAUUUUUGCUUGCAAGUCAAGUCAACCAAGUCUUUUAUAUUGAUGACCCAUUAACAAAGGGGUGGUCAAUUGUGCUCCCAGUUCCAAAUAGAUGUUAUGAGGGAGAUGCUGAUGAUGAUGGGAGCAGUAUUCCUGAUUCUAGACCAAUUGAUGAUGUUGAUACUCAUUGCAUUCCUUCUCAUGAAAGAUAUUUUAGAUUAGAAAUUGAGGGUGUUUGGGUCACAAAAAAGAAAAAAUGA